UCGCAGUCGCAGAUUCCCACCCUCGUCUCCUCCUCUCCACACACGCACGGACGCACUUCCAUGGCCGCCGCCUCCUCGUCGUCCCCCCCUCCCAGCCCCGCUUCCUCGUGCCUUUUACGGAGUUUGCGAGCGUGCAUGUGCUAGGGUGGAUCGUGCAAGAGCGGAGGCGUACGUACGUCUUGGUUUGUUGGUGAAGGGAGGAGCUAGGCUGUGGUGCGGGGUGGAGCUAGCUGGGGGAUAGCCUGCAAGAAGCCGAUGAGGCGAACGACUAGCUUGACGGAGGUCGCGCCGCCGUCGGUGCUGGCGGUGGUGUUGGAGGACGAGGACGAGGACGAGCUGGUCAAGGCGGUGGUGCAGGCCGAAGAAGGUGGCGCCGGCGGGGGCCAGGACUGGUUGGCGGCCCUAGGCGGCGGCAGCGGUGCCCCCGGGACGGACUGGCUAGCGGCGUACCGCGCGCGCGCGGCGCCGGCGCGGGCGGGGCUCCGGCGCAACUCGGCCGACUACUCCAAGGUCGAGACCGCCGCGUUCCUCCGCCACUGCGGCCUCUGCCGCCGCCUUCUCGGCCCCGGUCGCGACACCUUCAUGUACAAGGGCGAGGCGGCGUUCUGCAGCCUGGAGUGCCGGCAGCAGCACAUAACCCACGAGGAGUGGAAGGACAAGCGCACGUCAAGGUCCAUGAGCGAGGCGGCGGCGCCGGCGACCAGCCGCGGCCGCUCCGGCAAGACCGACACCGGCGGCACGGUGGCGGCGGCCUGACCUGACAGCGCACGAGAGGCAGGCACGCUAUCAUCUUCCGAAGCUACCUGCCAAGGCCAGUAGCUCUCAGCGCUACGCAUGUAUUACUCGUACGUACGUACGCCUCGACUAUGAAUCGCUGGUAAUCGAUCUGUGCAGGCCGUCAACCACCGCUGGUCGAUCGAUCGACCAUCGCCUCAGUUUCAAAUCUAUGCCGACGGCUACACCGUAGGCAUAGCUCUGCCACGUGGCGUCUCCUCUAUGGGCAGCACUUGACGGCGGCCACCGUUAGCGUGGAAUGUUGCCGACGGCCCUGGCCGUCGGCAUAGAUGUACGGACACCGUCGGCAAAUCAUCUAUGCCGACGGCUUUUCUAUGCCGACGGCAUCCCGAGAUACGCCGACGUAUAUUAUGCCAACGGCCCUAUGCCUACGGGGGCCGUCGGCAUAGGCCUAUCCCGACGGGAAUCAGGGCUAUGCCUACGGCCUGAGCCGUAGGCAUAGGGGUUUAUUCUGGUAGUGACUCGGAGCUCGAAUCCGUUUCUGAGAUCGUUCCUUCGUACGGUACUACUCCACUACUGAUCGAUUAGUUAAUUGCAUCACCUCACGGAUCUUAUCUUGUUUGGCUUUGUGCA